AUGGUGGAGAUUGGCCAAUACUUCAAGACAUGGCCGAUUGGCCAAUACUUCCAAGACAUGGCCAAGGCAAAUCAACGUUUAGUGGUUUUCACUUCAAGAGCAGAAAAGGAGGCAUCUGAAGGAAUUGCCUACCAGUGGAACUACAUGAACACAACCAAGUCAUUAGUGUUCAUGAACUUCUUUUCAAGCAAUCCAAACCUUCUUAAUGCCUGCAAAGAUAACUCAGCUCCCUUGCUUGACAUGCUCAAAACCUGCCAUGUAGCUGCUGGCAAUCGAUGGCCUAAUUUCAUUGAUGUUGAUUUUAACCCGACAAGUGAGGGUGGUGGCGCCCCAGAAGCUGUGGAGUUUGCUAACGGUCAAUCGGUUUGUGGGUGUAAUGAUAUCACCCUUUGCAAGGUCGGGCUCAAGAAACCUUAA